AUUUGACCACUUCCUUUUGCUUCAUCACUUAGCACCCAAUAGAUCACACACAAAAAGACCAUUUCCAACCAGCUUUUAUCAUUAACACAUUAUUUUGAUUUGCCAUAAGCAUCGGGAAACAGACCAGAUCGAGGAACAUAGGUUUUGUGGAAUUUGGAUAUUAUUAUUAUUUUUUAAUAAUAGAAAUAUGCACAGAUUGGCGGUUUUAACCUGAGGGAUACCUCGGACUGAAAGAAAUGUAUGAACAAAGAUCCAUUUGGUAGGACUAGAGAUCCAUUGUAUUGGAAAUUACCAACAUCAACAAUCUUCUUUGUGUACCUGAAUGAAAACGAAAAUUGCGAUGCCGUUAAGGGGAAUUUGUUUUUGUUCAUUUGGAAUAUUACAUUUCUUUUUGAACAGUUUUAUUUUUCCAACCGCUGGUUACGUGGUGAAGGACUGCAAGAUCACACAGAACACACAGGCCAUAUGUAAGAACAGUUUACAAGUAUUUCCAAAGGAAAUUCCAGAAACAGUCACAUUUAUAGACCUGUCUGGAAACAACAUUUCUAAAUUAAAUGAAAAAGCUUUGGAAAAUUUACCAAAUCUGUUGCACUUAAAUCUGGGACACAACUUGAUCUCCAAGAUUGAAUCUGGCACUUUUGUGGUUCAAAUCUCUCUAAAGGUGAUGUUUUUAGACAACAAUAUGCUUUGUAAGCUACAGGAUGGUAUGUUUGAUGGCUUGGUCAAUCUCAUAGAAUUGCAUCUGACUUCCAAUCAGAUCCAAACAGUAGCACCGGCCUCUUUCAUGUCUCUGAGCAAGCUUGGGUUUUUGGACCUAGGCCAUAACAAACUGCGCCACUUAACAAAUAUAUUACAACAUACGCCACAUUUAAAAUACCUGUACAUUCCAGCAAACAACAUUUCCACCUUUGAUUCAUGGGAGCUGUCAAAUAAGUCUACAGAACUUGUUAGACUUGAUUUGUCCCAGAAUGAUUUUAUGUUCUUUAGGCUCACUGCAGGUAUCUUUCCCAACCUCAGAUGGUUGGACCUUGAGGAUAGUAUAAAGAAUGGUAUCGUCUGGGAGGUGAAUGACACAUCGUACCUUGGAAAUGUGUUUACACUAGACAUCAGUGGGGUUCGCUCCUCAUUACAUGGACUGCAGGAAGUGCUAGAGACAUGUAACUCCUCACUGAAGUAUCUGAAGUUAAACCAUAUCAAUAACAACCUGCAGGUUCUCAUCAAUAUUUCCUGCAAAAUCCGAACCCUUAGCUCUUUUGAAAUCCAAAAUAACGGAAUCAAAGUUAUUACAGUGGAAAUGCUGCACUUGUGUACUAAUCUGAAAUUAUUGGACUUGGGGAUGAAUGAGAUAACUGCCAUCUCUAACAAUUCGUUCAAAUCACUUAGGAAGCUUAAGACUUUAAUCAUGAAGUCUAACUGUCUCACAUCGGUCCCCUAUGCCGUAAGGAAAACUCAAAUCUUAAAACUGGAUCUCAGCUACAAUAACAUCAAUGUUCUUGGCUGUGAUGAUUUUGCCGAUAUGAAACUUCUCAGAGUUCUCCGUCUAUACAAUAAUCCUCUCCUGACUCUCAAGGAUUGUGUUUUCAAAGAUUUGGUCCAAUUAACGGUCUUAAUGUUGCAAAACAGCAGCAUUGAUCAAUUAAACGGCACCUUCAAAAAAAACACACCGAAUCUUGAAGAUCUUUCUUUGUCAAACAAUCAAAUAACUGUUCUAGAUCAUGGAGAAUUUAAAGCCCUGAAUUCCCUCAAAAAUUUGGCAUUAGAAGGAAAUAAAUUAAAACGACUUAAUAAUGGGACUUUUUUUGGACUGUCCAGUCUUAGGCAACUUACUCUCCGAUCAAAUGAAAUAACUGAAAUUACAAAGGGUGCUUUCAGUCACUUGGAAGCUUUAAAGACAUUGAAUUUGGAGAGCAAUCACAUCAAAUAUGCAUCGGUAAAGCCCAUUACGUAUCCACCAUUUGCUGGGCUUUCACAACUAGACACAUUGUUUAUUUCAAAUCAACACAGAUCUCAUAGGUCCAACUUCCCUCAAAACUUUCUGCAAGGCCUGACAAAUCUGUCAAUAAUCUAUAUACAACGUAACCAGCUUAAAACCUUGCAUCCACACACCUUUAACUAUACUCCUAAUUUGAAUAGGCUCCAUUUGUCUCAAAAUGCUUUCACAGACAUUCCCAACAAUUUGUUUUCCCCGAUUCAAAAACUCCAAAGACUUUACAUUUCACAAACAAACCUAAGGUCUCUAGAUUUUCUGCUCCAUGCUAACCUCACAGAGCUGGAGUUCUUGCAGGUGGGGAAGAAUACAUUUUCUGUGAUUACAGAGCCAGUGAUACUGUCUCUGUCAGCCCUUGAAUACCUGGAUUUGCAGGGUAAUAGCUUCACCUGUAACUGUGACAACGCGUGGUUCCUCCAAUGGGUAAUCAACAACAAGCAAACACAAGUGUUUGAUGCGUACAACUUUGAAUGCAACUUCCCACCAAACCUCAAAGGGAGAAAACUUUUGGAGAUUGACGUCCGUUCAUGUACGGUCGACAUGGGGUUCAUCUGUUAUAUUUCAACGACAUGCGCAGUCAUCAUGACCAUAGCAGUCUGCUUCACCCACAAGUUCCUGCAAUGGCAUCUGGUCUACGCGUACUACCUCAUGCUGGCGUUCCUCUACAACUCAAAGAACAAGGACAAGGGUGCUCAUCAAUACGACGCCUUCGUCUCCUACAACGCAAACGACGAGGGCUGGGUGCUGGGGGAGCUGCUGCCCAAGCUGGAGGACGAGCAGGGCUGGAGACUGUGUCUGCACCACCGAGACUUCCAGCCAGGUAAACCCAUUAUGGAAAACAUAACAGACGCCAUCUAUGGCAGCCGGAAAACCAUCUGCGUGGUCAGUCGUGAUUACCUGGAGAGUGAAUGGUGCUCCAGAGAGAUCCAGGUUGCCAGCUUCCGUCUGUUUGACGAGCAGAAGGACGUGCUGAUCCUGGUGUUCCUGGAGGACAUUCCCAUGCAGCAGCUGUCUCCGUACUACCGCAUGCGGAGGCUCCUGAAGAGACAAACCUACCUGAGCUGGUCCCGCGCAGACGCACACCCAGACCUGUUCUGGGAGAAGCUCCGGCAGGCCCUGGAGACCCGAGAGCACCCAAUGGGUGAGCAUAUACGGCUCACCGUGGAGGACGGACCCCCUGGAGAGAGACCAGACCAUUAAAAGGCUUAGAAAUGCUGGGGGGAGGGGGGGAUGGAUUAUACUAGAGACAUCCGAGGUCUAUCUCGAGGUCUGUCUCGAGUGAACCAGUUAUCCUUUAAGGCUGUAUUGUAAAACACCCUCUUAAUCUGGUUAAUGGGUACAUCUGCUGUUCAUUUGUAUUUGUAUGCAUUGUCGACAUUGGUUUAAACAUUGGUUGUCUAAUGUGUUCCAAUGUGUGCGGUUGGGCAUGUCAACUUCUGAUGAAAUCUGCGGAGAACUAACCUGAGGUUUGCCUGCAAAAUUGAAGACUCCUUCAGGGUGGGAGUUCUGUUGUUUGCCAAUAGCUGAGUUUAUUAGCUCAAGUGCUAAUCAAUCAUUAGCAUGCAAAGGUAUGUAGACCGCUAUCACUAUAACAAGGGUGAAGUUCCCUAAGUGUACGGAAGGGCCUGCAUUUCACCAAGUUAUAUUCCAGAUCGGGUGGGCAGAGCCUGUCCAUGACACUUGUGUCUGCGUACCAAACAACGUUAUCGCUUGUUUUUUCCGUAGCUCUAUAGCUUAUUAUUGUAUCUAGGCCUUUCUAAAAAGGGGAAACUAUGGUCAUUGGUCAAGCAGUUUCUCAUUACUAUGAACAAGUUGCAAAUGCUUUGGUACAUCCAUGCAAAUGAUUAUGUACAAUUCUCUGCUCUUUCCUACAUUAUCAAUUGCUUAUGUCAUGUUGAUCAAAAUGUAUCGUAAUGGGUCUCUAUUGAAUAGUCCCAUCCUCACAACAUUUAGGCAUUAGUGCAUUGCAGAAGUCUGUACAUGCAAAAUGGUUCAACAAGUUGUCAUAAUAUGUCAAGCAUAUUUCUACAAAUUUCCAUUAGACUUUUUAUUCUUCCCCAGCUGAAUCUUGAGCUUCUCUAAUGAAGGGAAAUGUGUGAAGCGUAACCAAGCGUAACCAACGAUCAACCAGUUUACUGAAAUAGCUCAAAGGUGCAUCUCAUGAACCAUCACUGACAAGUAUAUAUAUACCUCGAGCUGGAGUACAACACAAUGUUACAAUGUCUGAUAAUGGAAGGACAAGGAAUUGGACGGGGUCAAAAGCCAGAGAGAAGAAGAAGAGGAAGAGGAGUGAGGCUGCAUGAGAAUGAGAAUUUGUUGCCCUCCAGACAGGAGCGUCUAGAGGUUUAGGAAGACUGCACUGUAAUUCCUACAGCACUGCAUGUACAGUUUUCCCUAAGGACAUUGUCCUAUGUUCACAUUUCUAUUUUGUUUUUUUCUUUGUGCUAUGCAGUGCUGUCUUUUCCUUUCAGUAUCGCAAUGACAUGGUCUUUCGACAAAUUACAGUACAAACAGUAAAAGGGUAAAUGUGAAUCUUGUCCGGUCUUUUAAUCAAUCUCCCACAUACACUAAGGUGUAACUUAGAAUGUACAAUAAUUGUCUUCAAAACUUUAGCCAUAGUUAAUAUCAGAACAUCCCCACAGAGUAGACUGUUAUAUUGGAAACAUGACUAAGAAAUUUGACUGUCUUAUCCGUACACAAUGACAUAAGGACUUGUCAUUCUGAUGGCACUGACAUGUUCAUUGACACAGAUAUUUACUUUUGAGAGAUGAACUAAUGAUUCUGAGCAAGAGACUGGCUUUUGCAGGUAAUCCAUGGUGAUUUGCUAUUUGUACGAAUUGUUUUGAGAAAUGCACUUACUGUUUUGCAAAUUUCGAGGAUGAUUCGAGAAAUGUACCAAAGAAACUGAGAAACUGAGAAAAACUUUAAUCGAAUGGUUUGCAUAAGAAUCAAGUUUUAUGAUGGAUGAAUUUAACGAAAAGAUUAUUUGUAGUGUGGAAUUUUUUGCAUGUUCAAUAUUAACCUAAUUUAGAAGAUGAAUUCGAAACUGCUGUUUUUAUCAAUAGUAAUUGUAUUAUAAAUACAAUGCUUGUUCACAGAAGAUAUUUUUUUCUAUAUCCCUGUUACACUGCACUCGAUUUUUUAAACCUUAAACAUAUCACUAUGUCAAAUGUCAUGAUUAUACACACAUGUAUACAGUGGUGUAUAGUAUCAAAGUAGAAAUACUUAGUUAAUGGCCUACUACUUCAUUCGUUUUUUCGGGAUUUGUACUUCACUUGAGGAUUUACAUUUCUAGCAACAUUCUCUUGUACUCAGCUACUUUUCCUUAAUAAAAUGUAUACUUUUACUUCA